AUGCAGCUCCUCAACAUCCUCCCAUUUAUCACACUCGCCACAGCCGCGACGCUACAAAAGCGAUGCAGCCCCGAACGCGAUGAGGCUUACUACCAAGGCUACCUGCCACCGGCGCCAUGCUGGCAGAGCUUCACCACGGCGUGCCAGCCGAUACUGGCCCCGUGGACCGAGAUGUACGUGUCGAGCAACCGCAGCACGGCCGUCGUGUUCGGAGUCGAGGGGCAUUGUUUCGACACCAUCAAGGAGGAGCAGGCGCGCGCCGCCGACGGGCGCAAGACGUACGGCUGGGAGCAGAAGCACGGGAAGUUGACGCGGGUUGGGGACAGCGACGUCCUUGUCAUCUCCAACAUGAGCAAGGAGGCCGUGGAGAGGUAUCAGGCAUUGUUGAAAUGA